CAUUUACUAAGAACAUGAAAUUUGUUACAGAUAUGGCUGAAAAAUCAUUGCGUUUGAAUCAGCGUGUUGAAGUGACUGGAAAAGAUGUGCGUGGCAUUGUUGCCUAUGUUGGCAGCACUAUGUUUGCAAGUGGAAAAUGGAUUGGUGUUAUACUUGAUGAACCAAAAGGAAAGAACAGUGGGACAGUGCAAGGAAAGUCAUAUUUUCAGUGCAAAGAAAACCAUGGGAUGUUUGUGCGACAGUCCCAGCUGACCUUGCUAGAUGCUUCUGGUACCCCUGUCAGUGAUGCAGUGAGUCCAACUCCAGGUGCUUCGACUGCAACUACGCCUGAUGAUGGUGGAAAAUCACGAUCUAGAUUAAGCAGCAUUCGUAAGAAGGCUGAGCCUACUACCGUGAGACGUAAGUCUUCUCCUGCCCAUGGACCGAGAACUAAACAAGAAAAAAUGAGCUCCAGAUUGUCUCUAGUCAGCAGCCGUAGCCAAGGAGAUUUUCUGGGUAAAGAUGACCCUGGAUAUGGUAUUGACAUGUCCAGCCCUCAACAGACUUCUGAGCCAACUUCCAAGAGAGCUUCUUUCAUUGAGAAAUUCUCUACGGCCUCUAAACAGGGGUCUGCACCCUCUAAGCAGGUUCAUGUAGUCUUGAAGCAGGCUUCGAAAAGAUCACGAGUGUUGGCGGAAGCUAGCGUUGGGGAGGAACAAACAGGAUUUGUGGAAACAUUGAAGCCACAGUAUAUUCCUGGUCAGGCAAUGAUCUCUCCUGGUGCAUCUUCUGGUUCUACCACAGUUGAAGAGAAGCUCAGCAAUUUACAGAAUCAGCAGGAAAUUGAGAAUCUAAAAUCAGAUGUGGCAGACUUGCAAGAGAAAAUUGAGACAUUGAAAGUGAAACGGUUGCAAGACAAAGAAAAAUUGAAGGACUUUGACAAAAUGAAAUUACAACUGGAGCAACUUCUUGAAUUCAAAUCUCGCAUAAUGGAGUCACAGACUUCUCUUCAGAGAGAAGUGCAGCGUGCUAAGCAGGAAGCCAGGGAAGCAAUUGAGGCUAGAGACACGCACGCUGAAGAGAUGGCAGAUUUNCCCCCCCAAAGCAUAAUUUUUACAUUAAAAGUGUCAAUGUAACAUUUAUCAUAGGCAGAGACAUUGCAGUUGGAACUAGAAGCAUCACGAGAAAAGAUAGAAGAGUUGACGUUGGAUUUGGAGAUAAUUAAAGCAGAGAUGUCGGAAAGAGCCGGAGGGGGGACUGGUGAGUCCACCGUGUCAACGUACGAGAUGAAACAACUAGAACAGCAGAAUAACAGACUGCGGGAUACUUUAGUGAGAAUGAGAGACCUGUCUGCUCAUGAGAAGCAUGAGUUCCAGAAGCUCCAGAAGGAUCUGGACCAGAAGAAGUCUGAGAUCGCAGAGCUGGCUCGCACCAAAGAGAAACUAAGCUCAAGAGUGGAAGAAAUGGAGCACCAAAUUGCUGACUUGCAGGAGCAGGUUGAUGCAGCAUUGGGAGCAGAGGAAAUGGUUCAGCAGCUGGCAGAUUCCAAGCUGACCCUUGAAGAACGUGUGAAGGAUUUGGAGGAAGCAGUAGCAGAUUUAGAGGCAUUGCAAGACAUGAACGAGCAGCUGCAAGAAGGUAGCCGAGAACUGGAAGUGGAACUUAGGGAAGAAGUGGAUCUUGCUCAUUUUGCUACUAGAGAGGCACAGCGCGAGAAGGAAGCGGCUUUAGAAACACUGGCAGAUCGAGAGAUGACUAUUGCCAAGUUCCGGGAACUGGUGCAACGCAUGCAGGAGCAGAGUCAGGAGCUGCAGCAUCAGUUGGAGAGGGAGUCCAGCAAACCUGUCUCUGCCUUGCCAGAGAUCCUCGAUUUCAAG